AUGUGCGACUCACUAUUUGACGCGUUCGUUCCGCAGGCGGUGACUGGGCCUGACCGCGAGUGCGUCUUCGAACGCUUGGCGCGGACGCUCGCCAUCAACUCGCGGCGCCCACUGGCCGAUGGGCAGGAUGAUGCGCAGAGCUGGCUUGCCUCGUUCUCAGGAGCGAACGUACGCUGGGAGGGCGUUGGCGUUCUCUUUGUGCAAUGGGCCAAGGGAAUGAUGCGACAACUCGAGGAUGAAGGCGCCAGGAAGGGGAGUGGAGGUUCCGUUGCCGACAUGAUGUCUGACAAAAUAGCGACUUACAUCGAGUGUGCCGACUCGUGUCUGAUGCUUUGUGGGCGGUCCGAGAGCGCCAAUACGCUUCUGCUAUACUUUCUCCUAAAAUACUCCCACGUCGCAAGCGUAUGUAAGGGCGAUGCGAGCACCUCUUCCGCUCGACUCCUCGCAGAAGCCAUCUCUGUGGCGACCAGCCUCGGUCUACACAUCACACCCCGGUCCGAGUCUCAGCAUACGUCGCUCACGCGCGAAAUCGGACGACGGCUGUUCGCCCACGUAUAUGUGCUGGACAAGGUGGCUGCCGUGACAACGGGCCGGCCACCGAUGCUCAGUCGCAGAUACUGUUCGACGCCGCUGCCGCUAGAUGUGAGCGACAGCUUUAUCUUGCAGAUCCACGGCCAGGUAAACAUGAAUGACAUAUCGGUGUGUGCAAAUGUGAAUGCGCACGGCUGGAGCCGGACUGGAGAGAUUUUAAAUGCGACCAUCAUGAGGGCUCGCGUGUUGAUGGCGCGUGUCCGUGACGAGAUACUGGAGAUUGCUCUAGAUGCAGACGAAGGUAUGAACGUUGAGCGUCUACGGUACCUGCAAGAUCAUCAAGAGCUCCUCUAUCAGACCUUUCCGUUCACUCUGCGUUAUACGCCCGCCGUCGUGUCAGAUACGACCCUUCCACUCUCUUUGCGUUUUUCCAAGGUCCUCACCUGGCUGGAGCAUCUGCAAAACCUAUUCUUUAUUCGGCGUCUGCUUGUCAAGGCAUGCUGUGGCGACCCGACCGCCACCGACUACAACCGACAACUCGCCGAGACAAGCUACGACAUUGUGCAGGCGACUCUGACGUUGUGGACGCGCAACAGCGACAGACCACAUCCGCUACAGGCCAACUUCGACUGGAUAAUUGUCAGCUACGCCUGCCCCGCGGCCGGGGUCCUCUGCAGCGAGCUCAUCCGCGGCGGCAAUGCUUUCAGCUCGUCGCCACGACGUUCUGACGUGAUCCAACAGCUGAGCCUUCUCAAGGCGUUCUUGGCCUACUUAGGUCCCGAUGCACCGAAUGCCUGCCUCUGGACGACCAUCCAGGAGGUGGUCAGCAGAGUGCUGGACCACACACUUAAUGGCGGUGCUGGGCAGGCGCAUUCAGCUGCAUGGCAAGACGAACCCCAGCAGGCGGCAAUUGCGCCAGGUCCCUUUCACGAAUUCGAGGUGCCAGGCGAAUUCCAUGACGUCUACGCGUUCGAGCUGCUGCAUAGCUUUGACUGGCUGCGUCCUGAAUAG